AAAAAAAAAAAAAAAAAAAAAAACUAGCUCAUUAUCACCCGUACUCUGAUUCUGUUACUUUACGUCUUUUUCUUCUCUGCAUGUGAUGGAAGGUCAGCAAGCACAAUGCAUUGAAUGGAUCCAGACACUGUUUGGUGAAUGUGUGACGACGCAAAGAGAAGCGUUUAGUUUCUUAAUAGGAUACGUUUCCAUUUUCUGCUGGCUGAAUGCUCAGAUUCCGCAAAUUAUUGAAAACUUCAAGCUAGGUUCUGCAGCAUCUCUCUCACUGCCCUUCUUGAUCAAUUGGUUACUUGGUGACAUCAGUAAUUUGAUAGGAUGUAUCCUCACCCACCAACUCCCUUUCCAGUUAUAUUUGGCAAUCUACUUUUGUAUCGCAGAUAUUAUUCUCUUUAGUCAAUGGAUUUAUUAUUCUUUUCGAGAAUAUCGUGAGAAACAACUCGCGUCAGAACUCGAAGUUGCAGAAUUAUUACCAGAGACUUUGGAGAUUGAUAACAAUAACAACAGUAAUAAUAAGAAUAAUCGCCGCCACCAGCAUUCACACCAUCGCUCUCACUCUCGUUCGCAAUCUCGUCUGCUGCAGUCUAGACAUGUUACCUCUCCCGAUAUCUUCGCAGCAGCAUCGGGUGAUGAGAAUCACCUGGAAGACGGGCUAAUACCUCGUGAUCUUGAGCACACAGAGGCUAACACAUCUUUGAUGCAAAGGAAUCGCUCUAGAAAGCUAACUACAACAUCCGAUAUCGGCCACCGAAGAACCACCUCCAUGGUCCUGUUCGGUUUAACCUUAUUGACCAUGAAACAAACCCUUCCAGCAUUACAAGAUCACAGUGGGUCGAGACAUUAUGGAUUGAAUAAUGGAGGCCCUAUUUCUGGACGCGUCUUUGCUCGUGCCAUUGAUGGAGAUCAAGGAGGAAUGGGUGCAGUUUUUACAGAUAACCCCACUAACGAUCCACCAGAUCAAAAUAUUGUUCAAUUGGGCCGUAUCUUUGCUUGGGUCUGCACUGUGUUUUACCUGUCUAGUCGCAUGCCUCAGCUCUGGAAGAAUUUCAAGAGAAAGUCAGUCCAAGGUCUUUCCAUUUUAAUGUUCUUUUGGGCUGCCAUGGGAAAUUUAAGCUACACGCUCUCGAUCCUUAAUUCGAGUGCAGCUGUCAACCCAGAAACUCGCCGCAAAUUCCUGCGUGAAGCUGUACCUUAUGUUCUCGGCUCCUCAGGAACACUCAUGUUUGAUGUCUCCAUUUUUAUCCAAUGGCUUUAUUACACAGGAAGGUUACGUAUCAUCGGCCUCCACCCUUCUACUCAUCGCCAUCAUCAUCACCACCAUCACCGCCAUAGUAGACAUUAUCACCCACGCCAACACCGAAGUCGAACCCAUUCUAGAGUCGAGAGCAUGGUCUUAUCUCCUUCUGGAAGUCAACCUGGAGGAUUGUAUAGUAUCUUGGUAAAUGAAGAUGAAUCAACUUUAGAUACUUCUGUCAACCAGGUAGUGCCUUCAACAACCAUGGCCUCUUAUCAACAAUCAGAACCUGUCAAUGAUAGACAAGAAUCCGAAGAACGUACGCAUUCACUAAGUCAUUAAAACCUUU